AUGGAUGGACGCGAUGCGGGAACCUCUGGAAUAGCUGCUGGGAAGCGAGAUGCUUUUAACCUUUUGGGAUUCUUCAAUAAGAUAUCUCCAUUGCGUCAAUUUGUGCGAGUCUCACAGAUGAGGAGCCAAGAAACGCUACAUCUGUUCCCUUCGACGACAUCUCCAAUCACCUAUGCGCACUACUCGACUCAGCCCGGGCCUGUCAAUUCAGCGACUUUGAAUGCAGCAGCAAAAACAAUCAAAUUACAACGUCGAGGUCGUCUCAUUCGUUUCUUUGGUGUCUCAUCGCUUCUCAUUCGCUCCUACUUCUCGUUGCCUUGGAAUGCAAUCUCGCGGACUGCCGGAAGUUUAGCAAACAAGGAAAUCCCCGAGGGACUUCGUGCUACGCUGUUUGGUGCUUUUGCCCGAGCCUACGAUUGUCGAAUGGAAGAAGCGUUGAACCCCGACUUCAAGGGCUACACCACUUUUGCGGAAUUCUUCAAUCGAAGUCUUCGGCCUGAAACUCGACCGAUCUCAGCAAGCCCACUCGUCUCUCCGGCCGAUGGAAUUGUUUUGCACUUUGGACGUGUUGAAGAUGGCCGAGUCGAGUAUGUGAAAGGACAUGACUACGACAUUCAGCAGUUUGUUGGCGAUGUCAAACUCAACAAUGCUGAAGAACUGGAUCUCUAUCAAGUGGUGAUCUACUUGGCUCCCGGAAACUAUCAUUCUUUCCACUCACCGGCUAGAUGGGUUGCAGAAGAGGCUCGACAUUAUCCUGGGCUGUUGCUGUCCGUUCGUCCAUCGCUUCUCAAUCGAGUUCCACAUUUGUUCUGCUUGAACGAGAGGGUUGUGCUGAAUGGUGAAUGGAAACAUGGAUUUUUUUCAAUGUCAGCCGUGGCGGCUACAAACGUCGGAGAUAUUGCAAUCGACGCAAAACCAGAGCUGCAAACAAAUGUCAGAGUGAGGAGGAGAUACGCAAAAAAUACGAGCCAGUGGCCGAACAAAUUCAUCACCCAUUUCUACCUGGAGAGAAAGUUGGCGAGUUUCGUCUCGGAUCGACAAUCGUUUUGGUCUUUCAAGCCCCGCCAACUCUUCGUUUUGCCAUCCAAGCUGGGGAUUCUCUUCGAUAUGGACAAAGCU